UAUAUAAGUGUUUCCUCGCGGCGACCUCCUCCGCUCCGUUUCCAUUUCACUCCUCGUCUCCUCCCUCGACGCUAUUACAUUCCCUUCUCGAGCUCUUCGCAAGCGAUCGUUCGUGUAUCGGAUCGCAUCGGAUCUCAUCGCCCUCUAUCUCUCUCGCUUCUUCUUUCCUUCGGAGAUCGUGGAAUGGAUUCUUGUCCUUCAGUUAAAAAUAUACUUCUCCUUGAUUCUGAGGGGAAGCGAGUAGCUGUCAAGUAUUAUACAGAUGAGUGGCCCACACUUGCUGCAAAGCUGGCAUUUGAGAAAUCUCUCUUUACAAAGACUUUGAAGACUAAUGCUCGGACUGAACCGGAAAUAACAAUGUUUGAUGGCUACAUUGUCAUCUACAAGUUCAUUCAGGACCUGCAUUUUUUUGUAACCGGAGCAAAUGAUGAAAAUGAGCUCAUAUUGGCCGCUGUACUUCAAGGAUUCUUUGAUGUGGUUGGCCUACUUCUCAGGGACAGUGUAGAUAAGAGGACAGCCCUGGAAAACCUGGAUUUAAUCCUUCUAUGCCUUGAUGAAAUUGUUGAUGGAGGGAUCGUUCUUGAGACUGAAGGAACCCUAAUUGCUGGAAAAGUUGCAACCAAUGGCCUUGAUGGGGCCACGUCCUUGUCUGAGCAGACCAUAUCACAAGCUCUUGCCACUGCUCGUGAACAUUUAGCCAGAUCCCUUCUCACGUGAUCCUUUGAACAGGUUCUUCUCACAUGAUUUUCUCAAUAUUCUCUUUAAAGUUAAUUUCUUCUGUGUUAUUUAAUAAUUAGUUCAUUUGCUUGAUUCUUCUAUAUUAUAUUGUUAAACCAUUUGUACUAAUUGAUAGUACAAGGGUUGAAUCUUGCUCGACAAAAGAUAUUAAACAUGUUCUCGAAAGAAAUAAUGAGCUCGCAUAUGGAUUCUUUAUAACCAUUUUGACUCGUGAAAGCAAACCACCAAAAACUACAGUUAUGUUAAGGUAUACCGAAAUUUAAAGUAUUUAAUGAUUCUAA